AUGAAUCCUCUCCAGCUGUCCGAUUUUGCCAUGAGCACAUGUUUGAGCGACGUGACAAUCGUCAUUGGCGACGAAAAAAUACCCUGCCAUAAGUUAGUCCUCGGUGCAGCCAGUCCAGUCUUGCUAUCGAUGCUGACGUCAGAAAUGGAGGAGGCAGCUGAGAAUUCUAUUGUCAUCGAAGACAUCGAAGUGGUCACCAUGAAGGCUGUUUUGAAUUAUUUAUACAAGGGAGAAGAUGAGGAUUUUGAUGGAUUUGAGAUGGCUUUGAAGGCGUUGGUUGUUUCUGAAAAGUAUGCCAUGGAGAAAUUCAAAGCUCUCAUUGAAGAAAAGCUGAUCAAGUGUCUAACUAUCGACAAUGCUACCAACAUUCUUGAUCAGGCUGAUACUUAUCAAGCGAAGAGACUCGUACAGAAGUGCAUGGAAUUCAUCGUUCAUCGCAGGAAUGAAAUAAUGAUUGCAAAAGUUUUCAAAGAACUUUGUGACAAAAAGCCCGGGCUAAUGAUGCAGUUCAUCGUUGGGAUUAUUAAUGUUACGAAGGAACUGCGCGCCCAAUUAGACAAGAAUGUCCAUAUUUUUACAGAAAUGUCACUCUUGCUUAAGUUGAUUGAAAAUGAGAUAAACAAACGUUGA